UAUCACAGUAAUAAAUAGUCUAUUUUCAAAAAAGUUUUUAGAAGAAAAAUGCCAAAAACAGAAUUUUCAAACAACAUAUGUGGCUGUUGCAACGACUUAUCCACAUGUUUAAUAACAUACUUUUUACCUUGCGUGACAGCUGGUAAAAACGCUGAAUACGUUGGAGAAAGCUGCAUUUUGUAUGGACUUCUUUCAAUGACGUGUAUUAACUUUUAUACCGAUGCUACAACAAGAGAAAAGAUUCGAAAAAAAUACGGUAUCGAAGGAUCUUUUUUAAAAGAUAUGGCUUGUCAUUGCUGCUGUCCAUGUUGCGCCUUGAUACAAGAAUCUCAGGAAAUUCAAGCUCACGGUGGACCAGGAGUUUUAAGUAUGGCGAGAGAGUGAAUGACAAUAAUCUUACUAAGUUUUAUCCCAACAUUACUCUUGACUUUACCAUGCAUGUAGAAAUUUAUAAGCAACUACUCAAAAAAAAUUUUAAAUGUUUAAAA